AUGGAGUCUCUGUGGACCUGGCUUGCUCACGCAAGAGAUGAUUUGGAAGACUUGAAACGUGGUGAGAGAACAAAAUGCGAGAAACGAAUUGUAAAAAUUGACGAGAAUGAUGCGGAAGAAGCAGCUCUCAAGGCGAUUGCAAAUAAGAAACAUUUAAAUGAUCGUCAUUCAUUGAAGUAUAUUAAUAUUGUCGAAGAUUUAUCUAGACGCAAUGCUAUUUAUAUCCUUUAG